AUUAAGAGGACACCAAAAGCCUUAGAGGUGUUGAAGGAGAUGGUGGAGAGAGGCCUAACGCCAAAUUUCACUACUUACAAUAUAAUGCUCAAAGGGUAUUUUAGAGCUGGUCAAAUUAAUGAAGCUUGGGAUUUCUUUUUGAAAAUGAAGAAGAGGAAAUGUGAGAUUGAUGUUGUUACUUACGCUACUGUGAUUCAUGGGCUUGGUGUUGCGGGUGAGAUUAAGAGAGCUCGAAAGGUUUUUGAUCAGAUGGUGAAGGAAGGGGUACUCCCUUCUGUACCAACUUAUAAUGCUUUGAUUCAGGUACUAUAUAAGAAGGAUAAUGUAGAUAAUGCCAUAUUAGUUUUCGAGGAGAUGGUGAAGAUGGGUUAUGUCCCUAAUUCAACAGCCUAUAACUUGGUGAUUAGAGGAUUGUGUCAUGCAGGUGAAAUGCAGAGGGCAUUGGCAUUUACGGAGAGAAUGAAAUAUGAUGAAUGCAAGGCAAAUGUUCAAACAUACAAUAUUUUGAUUAGGUACUUCUGUGAUUCAGGAGAGAUUGAGAAGGGGUUGGAUUUAUUUCAGAAGAUGGGCACCGAAGAUUGCUUACCAAAUAUGGACACCUAUAAUAUACUAAUAAGUGCAAUGUUUGUGAGGGCAUAUAUACGUUAA